AAUUUCUUCUUUUCGAUACGAAACCUAUGUACUCGGAGGAAUUUUGGUCGAUCCGAUACCUAACCAGACAACAAUUGACUAUUCGGAAUAACUUCUUGUGUAUUCCAAUUUUAUUAAUUUUUCAUCUUUAUAUAAUAAUAUAAUUUUACAGUGUUUUUGGCUUCUCAUUAAAUUUUCUACUUUUAUUUAACUUUGACUUUCAAAAAUGGAUCCUCCUGGAACUCAACCAACGCCUACCAAUGGAGCUCAACAAGCUGGAGGUCGACCUACCAAUAAGCGUUUACAACAGACUCAGGCGCAAGUUGACGAAGUUGUUGGUAUUAUGAAGGUUAAUGUUGAGAAGGUUCUUGAGCGUGACCAAAAGCUUUCACAGCUGGAUGAUAGAGCUGAUGCUCUUCAGGAAGGUGCUUCGCAAUUUGAGAAGUCUGCCGCAACUUUGAAGCGCAAGUAUUGGUGGAAGAACAUUAAGAUGAUCGCAAUCAUGUGUGCCAUUGUGAUUCUUCUUAUCAUCAUUAUCGUCAUUUGGGCUAAAUAAGCUU